AUGCCGCUAGCGCCAUAUUCUUUCGAGACUAGUAGAAAUGGUGCAGCCGCUAUCCCCCAUGCAGUUCAAAAUGCCCACCUUCCAUCUGACCCAUACACAGAUGAACGUAUUCUUUGGCUUCGUUCCAAAGUGGAGUCUGGCUUAAUGCUCGAGUUUGACGAGUUUAAAAACCCACCCAAAUUAACGAGUGGUUCGCAGCGAAACAAAGAUAUCUAUCCUCCGUGUAUUCCAGACAUGUUCAAAGAGUGUCUUGAACGACAAGGUCGUCUUAACCUCCAAAUUCUACUCAACUACCUUGAAGAUACGCAAGAAAGUGGUGACACUGCACUCACAUUUUGGGUGGAGAUCAUGACGAUGCGCGUCGAGGUGCCUGAAGAUGAGCCAGAACUGACCUCGAGUCAGCAGAGUAUUACUGCAAGCACUAUAAGAUCUAGUCAAGUGAUUUCUGGGUCGCAUGUACUGCUUGAUUCUAACUUGCCUGUGAUUGCAGCUACCGAUGAACUGGUUACUGUCAAUACUGACAAUGCUUUCGUGUCCGACUCGGCUGGUACUGUUUUGGCACACGCUUCUGAUAUAAACCCUUUGCAAGAGGACGAAUCUGCCUCUCAGGAACAGCAAAAAGGCAAUGCCGAUACUUUUAAAGAUGAAAACACAACAUCCGAUUCUCUUUCCAAUAGACAGGAUUCCAGCACAAUCAUUAAAAACACACCCAAUUCCAUAAAAAGAGUUCCAUCGGUGGCUAUAUUUGAAACGCUUCGUUUGCAUUUGGCCACAACUCACCUUCCAGAAAAGAUUGCUGAAAUCAAUGCCAUUUAUUUUUUACGUAAUUCAUCUGGACCUAUUUCAUAUCCAACAUCUGCCAAUGAUGCUGCCAAUAUCAUGUCACAUCAUCUUGAAAUUGGUUACUUUUCUGGGCAUGCUUUGCUAAUGCUGGAACGAGUGUUGCAGGAAAUAUAUCUGCCCAUGCUUUCCACUACUGAUUUCUCUGAUCUGCACGACGAGACUCAUGAUACACACAACACAGCAAUGGAUCGAUCUAGAACCGAUAUUGGAGGAGCAAAGUUUGAUGAUAUCAAAUCUGAAUUGCUGGUUACAAUGCAGAAAUUCACUGGUCAGAUUGCGCAUACAGUUCAACAGGUGGCAGGAGAAACACGUCUCAAGAUUCCCGACACGCUUGCUGAGCUCAACACAAUGGAUGUUCACCAAGCAUCUACCGAUCCAUCGAUUCUUCGCACUCUUGAAUCACUUGCUGAAGAGUGGGCUGAAACGGUUUCGGGUGCUUUGGCAAAAGAAAUGAAAAGGGUUCCGGUAGGAAAUGGACCUUUGGCUGAAAUCGAAUUCUGGCGUGAUCGCAGUGCUUCAUUGUCUACACUCUACGAGCAGCUCAAUUUACCCAUCGUGCACAAGAUUGGUCAUAUUUUGAAUAUUGCACAAGUGCCAUGCUCUUCAUCUUUAGAAUUUCAGCUUACAGAACUAAACAAAAUCUACACUGAAGCAAAAGACAGUGUCAAAUUUUUAAGUACUCUUGAGCGUCAUUUUAAAAACAUUGUUAUUGGAAGUCUUGGAAGCGUUCAGGAUUCUCUGCCUUCCCUUUUAAACGCCAUUCGAAUGGUAUGGAUUAUUUCUCGCCACUACAAUCGCGAUGAGCGUAUGGUUCCGCUGAUGAGCCGAAUUGCAUGGGAAAUUGCAAACAAAGUCUUGAAUAUUGUCAAUGUGCAAACUAUUCUACGUGAGCCUCCUAUAGAAGCAAAAAAGAAAAUUCUAGAUGCCAAAUCCCUACUAGAAAGCUGGAGCACUACAUAUUUCCAAGUACGCGAACGUAUCGAGCAGUCUGGUCGUGAUCAGCGAUGGGAGUUUGAUCGCAAAAAAUUAUUCGAACAAACCAAUUACAUGGCACUUCGAUGUGGCGAUUUAUAUGAAGUUGCCGAAGUCAUGGAGCAAUUUUACAGCAUUUUUGGUCCUGAAUUGAAGGCUGUUACGGGCGACCCACAAGCAAUUGAUGAAGUCAUCAAAAGAGUUGAAGCACUUAUUCUUCCUUUCGAGAUUGUUCCAUUUGAUAUUUUCAAUAAGCGUAAUCAAUUGGCUUGGGAAGGGGUCAUGGCUCGUUUUCGUGAACAAAUCGUUCAAAUUGAAGAUAUGGCCAAACAGUUUAUCGAUGCCUCGUUUAAAAAACUAAGAUCCGCAGAAGGUGCUUUUGAUCUGCUUCAAAACAUCAAAAACAUCAAAUCGCGAGAAUCUAUCAACAAACAACUCAUGGGGAAAUGGUACGAGAUUCUUGAUCAAUACACUCGUGAGGUAGACAUCAUUGAUGAAAUUUUCAAAAAACACAAGGACAAUCCACCGUGUGCCAAAAAUCAACCUCGUACUGCUGGUGCAAUUGCUUGGAGUCAUUCACUGUUCAUUCGGAUUAAAAAAACGAUUGUGCGUUUUCAAUCACUCCAAGAAAUGCUAACCUCUGAACAGGGUCGUGCAGUGACACGUAAAUAUCUCACUGUCGCAAAGUCGAUGCGUGAAUACGAAGAAUCGCUUUACCAUCAGUGGUGUUUUUCAGUAGAAGCCAACUCGCUACAGUAUUUGAAAAACCACAUUUUGAUAAAAGCUUCAUCAUCAACUGUAGCUACACUGGAUCAAAAUAAUGGAUUUUUUCAUACUGGAACAAAUACUGUAGGAAAUACAUCAAAUCUUCCUGAAAAAAUCAUUGUUAAUUUUCGCCAGGAACUUCGCGAUAUCAUCAAAGAAACCAAAUAUUUGGACACUAUGAAUUUCAUGGUACCCGAGUCAGCUCUUAACGUCACUCUUCAAGAAGAAAAAUAUUAUUCGCUUGUUGAGAAUCUAGGAUCAAUGCUUAAAGCAUAUCAUGCAGCGGUUGAUCCAUUAGAUGUUUCAGAAUUGAAACUUCUUCACAUUCAUUUGACAGAAUUAAAACGUGUCAUGAAACCUGGAUUUACACGACUAAAUUGGAACUCUCUUGGCAUUCCAGAGUUUAUUCAAAAAUGCACGCUAGAAAUCAACAAAUUUUCAUCACUAGUGAAUCAGACACGUAAAAAUUCGUUGAACAUCAAUCGCACUAUUGAUCAAAUAGCGUCUGCUUUAUUGAUCAAGGAGCCUCGAAAAGAUGAAAUUAUUGAUGCACAUGAAUUCUUUGACUCGGUCAAUACCCAUCGAGCUCAUGUAAUGGAAACUCUGGUUGUCAAAUACUUGGGAAUUGGUCCUCUACUCAUGAAAACAGAAUCUCUUGUUGCCAACACCAAUACUGGAAAAAGCAAAAUUCUCAAGGACUAUUAUGCGUAUUGGGAACAAAAGCUUUUUGCUGCAAUUAAUUUUAUGGUUGUCAAUAACUUGCACUAUUUUGAAAGUUUAUUAUCGCCUGGAGGCAUUUCAAAACACGGAAAGGGAAAGCUAUCUGUUACAUCCAAGUAUUCCAAAGUAACUCGUGAGUUGCCCCUGUUUAGGGUGACUGCGUCGCUAUCUGUACCAGAAAUCACUAUUUCUCCAAUGUCUCAAGAAAUCUACAAGAUGAUGAUUAAAUUUGUUCGGUCGAUUGUGGACUCGUCCAAACAAUUCCAUCGAUGGUUAAACGGAUCUUGUAUCAUUGCGCCGCCACAAAAAAUUGCAGAUGAAGAUUCGUUUAUAUUUAGUUUUCAUUCUGAUUUGGUUCAAAAUCAAAGUGUCAUUGCUCUUGUCAACAGCCUCAAUACAACCAUUAACAAGACGUUUGGUAGUUUACAUAAAUGGAUUGAUACUUGGCGCAAAUAUCGUCCAUUAUGGAAAGUGGACAAACUGGUUACGUUGGAAAAAUUUGCUCAAAAAAAGCCAUCUGUGGUAAACUAUGAUGACAAGCUUAUGUUUUACGCCAAACUAUCCAAGGACGUUGAAAGUCAGCCUUCUAUCAAGGACAUUGAGUUUAUUCGUAUCAUUUCAACACCACUUCAAAAAGCCAUCAAUAGAAGCCAUUUGAAUACUAUUUGCAAAGAUGGUUUGCAGCUGCUUCAAGAGCGGUUCAAGAGCUACGAUCAAGACAUUAGCAGAAAUCCUCAAACAUUGGAUGAUCUGACGUUUGUUCUUAAUGUCAUAGCCAAUAUUCGCAAUGCAUCUGAAGAAGUUGAGCUGCAAUAUCGUGAUGUCAUGGAGGCUUAUCGAACACUCAAAAUGUAUCACAUUGAUGUGGAUGAAGAAGAGUUUAAUGCUUCCGAGGAGCUGCCUCGCAAAUGGGAGGAAAUGCUUGAACGCGCAAAACAGGUUGACAAUGCACUUGUUCCUGUCAAAGCUAAAUUCACUGAACAAACGCAUAGCCAAGUGAGAGAUUUUAAGCAGUCGCUUACUCGCUAUAAAGAAGAUUUUAUAAUGAAUGGCCCUGGAGCAGUCAAUCUUGAUAUGGAUCACGGACUCAAACUACUAAAAGAGUCUAAAGAGGCAGUUGCUCGCUUUCUAGGUGGACGCGAAAGUCUUGUGCGUGCCGAAAAGCUUUUUAAUUUGACCAUCAGCAGCUAUCCUGAAUUGUAUGAGGUGGAGAAUCAGCUCAAAGAGCUUGACUUGAUUUAUACUCUUUAUAGCGAUGUAAAGGAAGCCAUCAACUCGUGGUCAAUGACGUUAUGGAACAACCUGGACAUUGGCAUUUUAAACAGAGGUAUUGAAAACUUUUCUUCCAGACUCAAAAAACUCCCAAAAGAGCUUAAGCAGCUUUCACCCUACAAUGUCGUAGCUGAAAAGAUUAUUACUUUCAAAGAGUCUAUUCCUUUAUUUUCUGAUUUGAAAAAUGAGGCAUUGAGAGAUCGACAUUGGAAGAAACUCAUGGAAAUCACCAAAAGGACAUUUGAUAUGAAUCCAGAGAGUUUUACACUAGAACGACUGUUUGCAAUGAACUUGCACGAGCACACCGAAGCGAUUGGCGAGAUUGUUGGUGGAGCUAUGAAGGAACUGAGUAUUGAGAAUGCCAUCAAAGAAGUGGAAACCACUUGGAGAAACCUUAAAUUCACCGUUGUAAAAUACAUGAAGGGUACUGAAGAUCGUGGAUACAUUUUAGGUGUCAUUGAUGAGAUCUCUACCACGCUUGAUGACAAUGCCAUGUCGCUGCAGUCCAUGGGUGCAUCUCGAUUUGUCACUGCUUUUUUACCAGCUGUGCAGCAAUGGGAAAAAGUGCUUUCUCAUAUUGGCGAAGUCACAGAAAUAUGGAUGGCCGUUCAGCGCAAGUGGAUGUAUUUAGAAUCUAUUUUUAUUGGAGCAGGCGACAUCAGAAUGCAACUUCCUGAAGAGGCAGCACGAUUUGAUCGUAUCGACAAGGCAUUUAAAAAGCUAAUGAGCGACACGGCAAAACACAACCUGGUUGUUGAAGCGUGCAAUGCUGAAGGUCGAUUGGAAUUACUGCAAACUCUGUCAGACGAUCUCGAGGGCUGCCAAAAAUCAUUGUCAGAUUAUCUUGAAUCAAAACGUAAUGCCUUUCCCCGAUUUUUCUUCAUCUCAGAUGAAGAACUGCUAUCUAUUCUUGGUAGCCAUGACCCCAAAAACGUCCAAGAGCAUAUUAUCAAAAUGUUUGACAAUGUCUUUAAGCUUAAUUUUGGAACCGACAAGCAUCAAAAGUUUAUUAUGGGCAUGUCAUCAUCCGAAGGCGAGGUUCUGAAUUUUCGUUUCCCCAUACCAAUUGAUGGUCGUGUAGAAGAAUGGAUGACUGCAGUGGAAGGUGAAAUGAAACGAUCUAAUCGCACGAUUCACAAGGAAGCUAUUUUCAAUUAUGCAAACAUGGAACGCAUGCAGUGGCUGCAGACAUAUCAAGGUAUGGCUGGCUUGGCCAGCUCACAAGUAUGGUGGACAUGGGAAGUUGAAGACGUUUUUAGCAAAAUCAAGAGCGGCAACAAACUCGCAAUGAAAAAGUAUUCCAAGAUUCUUGGGGAUCAAUUGGAUAUUUUGGUUGUGUCAGUACGCUCAGACCUAUCAUCGAAUGACCGCAAGAAAAUCAACGCACAGAUUAUUGUGGAUGUACAUGCCCGCGAUAUUGUCGAACGAUUUGUGCGCGAUUCUGUCAUGAACAAAAACGAGUUUGAAUGGGAAUCUCAAUUGAGAUUCUACUGGGAUCGAUCAACCGAUGAGCUCAUUGUCAAGCAGUGCAAUGGCGUAUUUGACUACGGCUACGAAUACAUGGGCCUCAACGGAAGGCUUGUUAUCACUCCGUUGACUGAUCGCUGCUACUUGACACUCACUCAAGCAUUAUCCAUGAAACUCGGAGGUUCUCCUGCAGGCCCUGCAGGAACAGGAAAAACGGAAACUGUAAAGGAUUUGGCCAAGGCUCUUGGAAUCUUGUGCAUGGUUACUAAUUGUGGUGAAGGCAUGGACUAUCAAGCAAUGGGAAAGAUUUUUGCUGGUUUAGUGCAAUGUGGUGCUUGGGGUUGCUUUGACGAGUUUAAUCGAAUUGAACUUGCAGUUUUGUCUGUGAUUUCAGCUCAAAUCAAAACCAUCCAAAAUGCACUUGUCAUGAAUUUAAAGCGAUUCCAGUUUGAAGGAAACGAGAUUGCUCUUGAUCGCAAAACAGGAAUAUUCAUCACCAUGAACCCCGGGUAUGCUGGACGCACCGAACUUCCUGACAACCUUAAAGCUCUUUUUCGCCCUGUUGUCAUGGUAAUCCCAGAUUUGGAACUCAUCAGUGAGAUCAUGUUGUUUUCAGAAGGUUUUACGCUUGCAAAGAAUUUAGCCAAAAAAAUGGUUGUAUUGUACCGACUUGCCAAGGGCCAACUUUCAAAACAGCAUCAUUACGACUUUGGUCUUCGUGCACUCAAAAGUGUACUUGUAAUGGCAGGUUCACUUAAACGCGGUUCGCCAGAUCUUAGUGAGGAUGUAGUGUUGAUGCGUGCUCUUCGAGAUAUGAACCUGCCAAAGUUUGUUUUUGAAGACGUUCCUCUUUUUCUCGGAUUGAUUUCAGAUCUAUUUCCAGGACUUGACUGCCCUCGUGUGCAAUACCCCAACUUUAACGAUGCCGUGGAAGAAGUGCUAAAAGAAAGCCAGUACAUCAUUGUACCUGAGCAAGUUGAUAAAGUCAUACAGCUUUAUGAGACCAUGCUUACUAGACAUACAUCCAUGAUUGUUGGGCCAUCUGGAGGUGGAAAAACAGUUGUGAUGGAAACACUGGCUAAAGCUCAAACAAAGCUUGGGAUUUCUACAAAGUUGUAUGUUUUGAAUGCAAAAGCCGUGACUGUUGCCGAACUUUAUGGUGUUUUGGACUCGGUUACUCGUGAUUGGACGGACGGUCUCCUCUCUAGCAUUUUCCGUGAAGUGAAUCGCCCAAUUGGUGAAAAAAAAGAACGUCGGUUUAUUGUGUUUGACGGUGAUGUGGAUGCUGUAUGGGUUGAAAAUAUGAAUUCGGUAAUGGACGAUAAUCGAUUAUUGACUUUACCCAAUGGAGAGCGUAUUCGACUGCAAAAGCACGCUAGUCUGCUGUUUGAAGUUGGAGAUUUACAAUACGCCAGCCCAGCAACUGUGUCUCGAUGUGGUAUGGUAUACAUGGACCCUAAAAAUCUGGGAUAUCGACCGUUUUAUCAAAAAUGGAUCAAUUCUAGAUCCAACAAAGCUGAACAGGAUACUCUCUUAAAAUUAUUCAGUAAAUAUGUGCCUACGCUAAUGGAAUGCAUUAUAGAAGGCUCAUUUGAAGGCUUCAUGGGAGAACCACUAAAACGAGUGAUUCCAGUGACCCCACUCACCAUGGUUUCUCAGCUCUGCGUACUACUUGAAACUCAGCUAGUGGCCGAUGUCAAGCAAUCUGUUCAAGAUGCAAUUGUUGAAAGUAUUUUUAUUCAAUCUCUUGUUUGGUCGCUUGGAGCCACUGUUCUUGUUGAUGAUCGACUCCGUUUCUCUGAUUGUCUUCGAAAGAUUUCCGAGCUACCUCUGGUCAAUACAAAUGCAUCUAUCGUUCUUGGUCAACUGCCAGGAAACGAAAGGCUAUUGCAUGAUUACUACUUUGAUCUUGAAGAAAAUCGAUGGGUACCAUGGACACAUUAUGUACCUGCAUACGAGCAUAAGCGUAACCUGGCAUUUCACGAAAUCCUUGUUCCAACUUUGGAUACUGUUCGUCAUACCUGGCUGCUUCAAAAAUUGGUUACUCACAAAAAGCCUGUUUUGUUUGUUGGUGAAGUGGGUACAUCAAAAACUGUGACCGUGCAGAAUUAUUUGCGACAGUUACCAACAGACAAGACACUUUUACUAAACAUCAAUUUUUCAUCAAGAACCAAUUCUUUGGAUGUACAGCGCAAUCUCGAAGCGAAUGUUGAAAAAAGAACCAAGGAUACGUAUGGCCCUGCUGCAGGAAAGCGUCUUCUUGUGUUUAUUGACGAUAUUAACAUGCCUUCAAAGGAUAUUUAUGGAACACAACAGCCUAUUGCACUUCUCAAACUAUUUCUUGAGCGCGGCGGUUUAUACGAUCGUGGAAAAGAGUUGAACUGGAAAUAUCUUAAAGAUGUUCAAUUGAUUGGAUCCAUGGGAACUCCUGGCGGAGGUCGUAGUGAUAUUGAUCCUCGCUUUGCCUCUCUUUUUGCAAUUUUCAACAUCACUUUUCCCAACGACUUUAGCUUGCUACACAUUUAUUCUAGCAUCAUUGAAGGACACACUACAAUUUUCAACGACGACAUCAAACAGGCAGUUUCCAAACUGACACCAAUGACAUUGAAGCUCUAUAGUGACGUGUCCAAAAAUCUGAUGCCUACCCCAAGCAAGUUUCAUUACAUUUUCAACCUUCGCGAUAUUUCCAGGAUAUACGAAGGCAUGCUAAUGGCCACUUCAGACUUUUUUGACCAUGGAAAGCAGUUUUGCCGAAUGUGGUGUAAUGAAGCUAUGCGGGUGUUUUACGAUCGACUUGUCACGGAUGCUGACCGAAACUACGUGUCUAAACUGCUUAACCAGUUGGUUUUUGAAAACUUUGAAGCAGAUCACGAGUACAUUACAAAAAGUCCUAUAUUAUUUGGUGACUUUCGUCACGCAAUGCAAGAGGAUGUUGCUCGAUUAUAUGAAGAUUUGCUAGAUUUUACAGCUGUUCGAUCAAUUUUCUUGGAAAUUCUUGAAGAGUACAACGAAACACACAAUCGUAUGAACUUGGUACUUUUUGAAGAUGCGUUGGACCACCUCACACGAAUUCACAGAGUAAUUCGUAUGAAACGAGGUCACGCAUUGCUAGUUGGUAUCGGUGGAUCAGGAAAGCAAUCUCUCACUCGACUUGCAGCAUUUGCUGCUGGAUACGGGGUAUUUGAAAUCACCUUGAGUCGAGGAUUUGGCGAAUUUGAAUUUCGUGAAAACUUGAAGGCGCUAUAUGGACUACUAGGCUCUGGAAAAAAAACUGUGUUUAUGUUUACGGAUGCACAUGUGGUGCAAGAAGGAUUUUUAGAACUCAUCAACAACAUGCUCACCACGGGUAUGGUUCCUGCUCUAUAUUCAGAUGACGAAAAAGAUGCCGUUGUUUCUUCAGUUGGUGAGGAAGUAGCACGACUAGGUUUACUGCAGACUCGAGAAGUCAUGUGGCAGUAUUUUGUCAACAAAUGCUCCGACAACUUGCAUAUUGUGCUAUGCAUGUCACCACAGGGCAAUAAACUCCGUGAACGAUGUCGAUCGUUCCCUGGACUAGUAAACAAUACCAUGAUUGACUGGUUUCCUCCAUGGCCUGAACAGGCACUAUUUUCAGUUGCAGAUGCUUUUCUCAAGGACGAGUUUAUCUCUGCUGAAAUUCGGCCUUCCAUUGUCGCGCAUGUAGUUGGUGUUCACCAGUCUGUUUCGGAAUAUAGCGCCGAAUUCCUUUUAAAAUACCGCCGAACCAACUAUGUGACACCAAAAAAUUAUCUAGACUAUAUCAACACAUACAAUCGACUGCUUGAAGAAAACCGUGAGCUUAAUGGUCGACUAUGUGGUCGACUAGAAUCUGGUCUUGGAAAACUCGAAGAGUCUUCACAGCAAUUGGAUGUACUCAACAAACAGCUUGCAGAACAAAAUAUUGCUGUUAGAAACAAAACCGAAGCAUGCAGUCGCCUUCUCGAAGUUAUCACAACAAAUACAAAGACGGCAGAAGAAAAAAAGACACUGGCCGAAAAAAAGGAAACCGAAUUAGACGCACAAACUGUUCAGAUUGUCAAGGACAAAGAAGAGGCCGAGGUUGCACUUGCAGAGGCGCUUCCAGCUCUAGAGGAAGCUCGAUUGGCUUUAGCAAAUCUGUCAUCGUCUGAAAUUACCGAGAUUCGAUCGUUUGCAAAACCACCCAAAGAAGUUCAAAAAGUAUGCGAGUGCAUUUGUGUGAUCAAGGGAAUCAAGGAUGUUUCAUGGAAAAGUGCAAAAACAAUGAUGUCUCAAACAGAUUUCAAGUCAUCACUAUCUUUACUAGAUGUAGAUGGUAUUUCAAGCAACCAGAUCAAGCUUGUCAAAAACAUUUUACGUGAAAUGGAUGUAUCUGUGUCUCGCAUGUUAGAAAUCUCAUCUGCUGGUGCAGGUCUACUGAAAUUUGUUUUGGCCGUGGUUGGAUAUUGUAAUGUAGCUAAGCAGAUUGCUCCCAAGCGUGCAGCUGUGGCCUCACUAGAGAAAAAUCUUGCUUUUUCUAAACACGAGUUUGAUAAGAUCACCAAAGAACUUCGACGAUUGAGUGAAGAGUUGAGCGCGCUUCAAAUCCAAUUUCACACAGCCAAAGUAGAGCAAUUGGAAUUGAAACAAAUGGCUGAAGUGAUGGAACGUCGAUUGCUUGCUGCUGAUAAACUCAUUUCUGGUCUGGGCUCUGAAAGAAUUCGAUGGGCAAGGGAUUUGGAACUAUUGCGAGAGCAGCGAAUACAGUUGCUUGGAGAUUGCAUGGUUGUGUCUGGAUUUCUUAGUUACACUGGUGCGUUCAACUGGGAACUGCGUAAUGAAUUAAUUUACAAAAAAUGGGUACAGGAUCUCCAGUCGCGAAAUGUUCCAUUGAGUACAGAGUUUCGAGUUGAAAAAAUUCUAGCAACUGAGAUUGAAAUGAGCCAGUGGGCACAGGAAGGACUUCCUGCAGACGAACUAUCAAUACAAAAUGGUAUUCUUACCACCAAGGCUUCGCGAUUUCCUCUUUGCAUUGAUCCACAGCAGCAAGCUCUUGGAUGGAUCAAGCGCCGCGAAGCUGGAAAUAACCUCAAGAUAUCCACAUUUAAUGAUCCCGACUUUUUAAAACACCUUGAAAUGGCAAUUACGUAUGGGUUUCCGUUUUUGUUUGAGGAUGUUGAUGAAUACAUUGAUCCUGUCAUUGACAAUCUUUUGGAAAAAAAUAUCCGUACAAACGGAUCGCGGCGUUUCAUUGUACUUGGAGAUAAAGAGGUUGAUUACGAUCCCAAUUUCCGUCUUUAUCUAACAUCUAGACUGACCAAUCCAACAUAUACUCCCAAAGUAUUUGGCUCUGCUAUGAUCAUCAACUAUAGUGUAACAUUCAAGGGUUUGAGUGAUCAACUUCUUAUUGUCGUGGUAGCCCACGAGCGCAAGGAGCUUGAAGAGCAGCGUGAAAGAUUGGUUACUGAAAUGAGCCAAAACAAGAGUUUGCUCAAAGAUUUAGAGGAUACAUUGCUGAGAGAGCUAGCUUCUUCUACAGGUCUCAUGCUGGAUAAUGUUGAACUCAUUCAAACACUUGAGGAAACCAAAUCAAAAGCCACCGAGAUUGCUUCCAAACUUGUUUUGGCUAAUCAAACUUCUACAGAGGUGGAAGCAUCUAGAGAUGCCUAUCGUCUUGUAGCCAAGUGCGGUGCUGUUUUAUUUUUUGUGCUUGCUGAACUAUCCACCAUUAAUCCCAUGUACGAGUAUUCAUUGUCAGCAUUUCUUGAAGUAUUCAUGGGUUCUCUACACAAGAGCAAGCCCGAUCCAUCACUGCCCAAAAGACUGUUAAAGAUCACAGACACACUCAAAUACUCAGUGUACAAUUACGCAUGUACUGGGCUAUUUGAAAAGCAUAAAUUGAUGUUUUCAUUUCAAAUGACGAUAAAAUUAAUGGAGGCUGACGAUCUUUUGGAUCCUGUUGAAAUCAAUUUCUUUUUAAAAGGAGAUAUUUCACUAGAGCAACCAAUCAUUAAAAAUCCAUUUUCAUGGACUUUUGAUCAAGGCUGGAAAGAUUUGUUGAAAUUGUCUACAUUAAACUCAAAUUUUGGUAUGCUUCCCGAGCAUGUGCGCGACAAUGAGCUAGUUUGGAAAACAUGGGCAAAACUGGAUGCUCCUGAAUCCGAGCCACUUCCAAUGGGAUACUCUGAGCGGCUAACAUCUUUUCAAAAGCUAUGCUUACUCAGAUGCUUUCGGAUAGAUCGGGUUUAUAACGCAAUCACUACAUUUGUCAUUCAGAAUAUAGGUGAGAAAUACGUGAUGCCGCCAGUCAUCAACUAUAGCAAUAUCUUUGACCAGUCUACACCAACAAGUCCGGUUAUAUUCAUUUUGAGUCCAGGAGCAGAUCCCCAAAACGAUUUGCAAAAACUGGCAGAAACUCUUGGUUUUGGCGGAAAUCGAUUAAAGUUUCUCUCGCUUGGGCAAGGACAAGCACCCAUUGCGCUACAACUUUUGGAAACAGCAGUUACUCGAGGUCAAUGGCUGAUGCUUCAAAAUUGUCAUUUGCUUGUUGUAUGGCUUCGUGUUCUUGAAAAAGUACUUGAAAAAAUCACAAAACCACACAAGGAUUUUAGACUGUGGUUAACUACCGAACCAACUCCCGCCUUUCCUAUUGGAAUUCUUCAAAAAUCGCUUAAAGUAGUUACUGAACCACCCAACGGACUUAAGUUGAACCUCCGUAGCAGUUAUUAUAAACUAAACGAGGAGAUGUUGGCGGAUUGUUAUCACGAAUCAUUUCGUCCACUGGUAUAUGUUUUGGCCUUUUUCCAUGCAGUUGUCCAAGAGCGUGGCAAGUAUGGUAAAAUUGGCUGGAACGUCAAGUACGAUUUCAACGAAUCUGACUUUAGAGUCUCGAGUACUAUCAUGAAAACAUAUCUCAACAAAACAGCAGAAACCAAAGAUGGAAAAAUCCCAUGGACCACAUUGAGAUAUCUUAUUGGUGAAACUAUUUAUGGUGGGAGGGUUACUGACGACUAUGAUAGACGUGUGUUGAUGACUUACCUAGACGAAUAUCUUGGCGACUUUUUAUUUGAUUCCUUCCAACCGUUCUACUUUUUCGCAAAUUCACAUGUGCAAUACAAAGUGCCCAUGUGGGGAUCCCGAGAUGACUACAUGACAUAUAUUGAUGGACUCCCAUUAGCUAAUGCACCAGAUGUGUUUGGGUUGCAUUCAGAUGCAGAAAUUGGAUAUCUAACUAGUGCUGUAAAGGAUAUGUGGUCACAACUUAUUUCUCUACAACCACGAACAUCUGACAGAGCUGGUGGUAUAAGUCGCGAAGAGUUUAUUGCCAGUAUUUCGUCAGAUAUUCAAAAUAAGCUUCCAACUAUUUUUGAUACUGCACGUAUAUACAAAACAAUAGGAACACCCUCUCCUACCCAAGUUGUUUUGUUGCAGGAGUUGGAGCGCUGGAAUAUUCUUGUUGAGCACAUGUCAUCAUCAUUAAAAGAUCUUCAGCGUGCACUCAAGGGAGAAAUUGGAAUGAGUACCAAGUUGGAUGAGCUCUCAAACUCGUUGUUCAAUGGAGCAUUGCCGCCUAUGUGGCGACUAUUAGCACCACAGACCGAAAAGGGUCUUGGAUCAUGGAUGCUGCAUUUUGAGCGCAGAUACCAACAAUAUUCUUCCUGGAUCAAAAACGGCGAGCCGGUAGUUAUAUGGCUUUCAGGACUGCAUGUUCCAGAAGCGUACAUUACUGCAUUAGUACAAACGACAUGCCGUAAAAAUGGAUGGCCGCUAGAUCGGUCGACACUUUACACGCAAGUUACUUGCCACGUAGAUCCCAAAGAAAUCACGGAGCGACCCCUUUCUGGUUGCUACGUUCAGGGGUUGUAUUUGGAGGGAGCCGGAUGGGAUACCAAGUCAAACAGUAUUGUGCGCCUAGAGAAUGGAGGACGCUUAAUUCAAGAUCUUCCUAUUUUACGAAUCAUUCCCAUUGAAGCGCAUCGGUUAAAGCUUGUGAAUACAUUCCGCACACCUGUUUACACGACCCAACAGCGACGCAAUGCAAGUGGUGUUGGAUGGGUAUUUGAUGCCGAUCUAAGUACCAACGAUCAUUCAAGUCAUUGGGUUUUGCAAGGAGUUUGUUUGCUUUUGAAUACAGAUUAA